AUGGUGCGCGAUGACGCCGUCGUAGGCUCAGCCUUUCGACGCGCCUGCCUGCAGGCUAACAUGGCCGUGGUAGAGGAGUUCGUCCGUCAUGGCUGCGAUAUCGAGAGCUGCGCGAGCGACGGCUGUACCGGCCUGUGGCUGGCGGCAGAAGCCGGCUGCGUAGAGGUGGUAGAGUUUUUGUGCUCGAGAGGCGCUGACACCAACGUCGCAAAGUUGCCGGGCGGCGCCACCGCACUCUUUGUGGCAGCGCAGAACGGCCAUGUUGCCGUUGCGCGCGUGCUGCUGCAGUUCGGCGCCGACCCCAACAGCCGACGGAGCACUGGCGCCACGCCCAUCUUUAUCGCCACACAGCAGGGGCACCUGGAGAUGCUGCAGCUGCUGCUCGACAGCGGGGCACAGCCUGCGACGCCGAACCACCAGGGUGUGACGCCCAUCAUGGUGGCAGCGUAUCAGGGGCAUGUGGACUGCGUGCGGCUGCUGCUCGAGGUGGGGUGCGAUCCGUACGGUUCUGCGCUGGGGCGGAACACAUUAGAAUGGGCCGAGGCAAGCGACUGUGGCAAGGAGGUCGAAGCGGCAGUAGCACAACGACGACAAUUUUUCGCCAGCACCGACGUGAAAGAGUAUUCUCUCCCUCGGAACGCAGUUAGCGCCAAUGAAAACAGUGACUUCUGCAGCGGGCGUGAUAAUGGCGCGCACCCACAGAUGUGGGCGAUAAGGCCUGAGAGAGGAGCCGUGGAGCGGCAGCACCAUCAAAAAUAUGACCAACAACAGAGAGGCCGCUCGAUACCAUUCUCCACCGCCUCGGGGGGCUGUUAUGAGCCGCAGUACUUGCUGCGUAGAGGAGGUGCCUCGCGCUCCAUUAGUGCUGUAUCAAGGGAAGGUCCCAGCGUGGUGGUGCGGACGGAGCGGGGACGGAGUCAGGCACCGCGCGCACCUUCCCGUCCAAGGUCAUCGUCCUCCCACGUGUCGGCGAGUCGGCUGCGUCAGAUGAUUGAGCGCGAGAGCCAGGAGAAUGAGUCAUUCAAGCAGAGGCGCCGAGCGCUUUUUAAAUCGCGCAACGCCAGUCGUCUUAUCGAUGAGGUUUCCCCCACCAAUGCGCAGGAGACCAAUGCACAAUGGGAUGUAUGGAGGCGAACACUUCAAGAGCGAAUGUGGCAGACAAAACAGUGCUAG